AUGACUUCCGAAUACUGGCUACUACUAGCCGGAACGGCGGUCCGCACAUCCAGCUCUUCUUUUGUAUGUAAUGAUCGUCUCUACGGGCCGACUGCGUGGGCCGGACAAUGCGAUGAACCCCGUGGGUUCCCGACAUGGAGGCAAAGCAAAGGCCCGUCAUUCGCCGACAUCUGCCGACACAGUCACUGGGAUGCUCGAUUCCAGGACUGGCUUGCCCCGUCCCGACUGUGGCGCAUCCCCGGACAUAGUUUACCCUCGUCUCGGUUAAACUUCGGGUUCCCGACGACUGCAAAAUUACCAUCAAUUUUCGACGGGUUCUGGCUUGUUGAAACCGUCGUCUUUGUGUGUCGGUGA